GGCGCCGCACCGAGCAGGGAGGGAAGGAGGGGGCGUCCCGGAGUCUCUGGAAGGAUAGAGGGCCAUGACCACACCGGCAGGUUCGGGAGCAGGCUUCGGCUCCGUGUCCUGGUGGGGCCUGUCCCCGGCGCUGGACCUGCAGGCUGAGAGUCCUCCUGUGGACUCCAGGGGCGGUACAGAGCCCAGGACCCCCGAGCUAGAUGUACUGCUGCUGGGCUCCGUGGAUGGGCGGCACCUGCUUCGGACCCUGGCCCGGGCGGCGCUCUGGCCUCGCAAGAGGUUGCAUUUCUAUGUGCUAGAGAAUAAUCUGGAAGCUGUGGCCCGACAUAUGCUGAUCUUCAGCCUAGCUUUGGAGGAACCUGAGAAGAUGGGGUUGCAAGAGAGGAGCGAGACCUUCCUGGAGGUGUGGGGGAACGCGCUGCUGCGCCCCCAGGUGGCCGCCUUCGUACGCGCCCAGGCCAACCGCCUGGCGCACCUGGUCCCGGAGCCCGACCGCCUGGCGGAGCAGCUGCCCUGGCUCAGCCUGGAUGCCCUCAAGUUCCGCGAGCGCGACGCCCUGGAAGCUAUGUUCCGCUUCUGGGCCGGCGGGGAGAAGGGGCCCGAGGCCUUCCCCAUGAGCCGCCUCUGGGACUCCAGGCUGCGUCACUACCUGGGCUCCCGUUACGACGCCCGGCGCGGUGUCAGCGACUGGGACUUGCACAUGAAGCUGCACGACCGUGGGGCCCGAGUCAUCCACACUCGCGAGUUCCGGCGAUGGAGGGACACGGGCGUCGCCUUUGAGCUCAGAGACUCCAGCGCCUACCAUGUGCCAAACCGGACCCUUGCGUCUGGUCGCCUUCUGAGUCAUCACGGAGAGCGUGUCGCAGCGCGCGGGUACUGGGGGGACAUCGCCACGGGGCCAUUCGUGGCAUUUGGCAUCGAAGCGGAUGAUGACAGCCUCCUACGGACCAGCAACGGACAGCCAGUCAAGACCGCUGGUGAGAUCACUCAGCACAACGUGACGGAGCUGUUCCGAGAGGUGGCCGCCUGGGGGCGCCCGAGAAAAACCCUUGGAAACCCCAAGGAGGUGCACCAAGACGGGGAUGGAAGCCCAGAGGCUGUCCCUGCCCUGGAAUUCUUCACUGUGCACUUCCUACCUCUGGGCUCUGCCCAGACCCUUCACCACAGGAGCUGCUACAAGGAACGGUUCCAGCUUCUCUAUGUGGCCUGUGGGAUGGUGCAUCUUCUCAGCCCAGAUCUCGGGGCCUGCGUGGUCCCUGGAGGACGCCUGGUGGUGGAGUUAGCCCGGUACCUGGUGGACCUGCGGCAGGAGCAGCUGCAGGGGUUUGCCACCCGGGUCGGGGAGCUAGCUCGGGCGGCUGGGUUCACCCCCUGGCCCCAAGCCAGGCCCUCAGAGACCUUCGCACGCUUCUACAAGGCCCCGGACUCGGCUUGCCACCGCCCUGAUGCAGCUGUGGGCUCCGUGACUCCGCCCCCUGAGGUCCUGGUCCCGCCCCUUGAGGACCAGGGCCAGCCUCUGGAACGCAGGACCCCACCCUCUGGGCUCCUCAAGCAGCCCUCAGAUCUCAGUCCACGCCACUUGUCUCAGUGUCCUCAGUCAAGUUUGAGCAGCCCGGAGGAGAACGAAGCCCCAGGGGCCUUCAAGGUCAGCCCGGACGUGCCCUCACUGACCCUCCAAGCGCCCCUUGCCCUUUCUCUGCCUCCUGCAACCCCUGGCCUGAGUCUCAGCAUGGCGGACGAGAGCAGCGAUGCGGCGGAGUGCCCGCCCCCCGCUCCCACCCCGAUCCGACGACGGUCCUCGGCCAACUACCGAGCGUACGCCACGGAGCCGCACGCCAAGAAGAAGUCCAAGAUCUCCGCCUCGAGGAAACUGCAGCUGAAGACCCUGAUGCUGCAGAUUGCGAAGCAAGAGCUGGAGCGGGAGGCGGAGGAGCGGCGCGGAGAGAAGGGGCGCGCUCUGAGCACGCGGUGCCAGCCCCUGGAGCUGGCCGGGCUGGGCUUCGCGGAGCUGCAGGACUUGUGCCGACAACUCCACGCCCGCGUGGACAAAGUGGAUGAAGAGAGAUACGACGUGGAGGCGAAAGUCACCAAGAACAUCACGGAGAUCGCAGAUCUGACCCAGAAGAUCUUUGACCUUCGGGGCAAAUUUAAGCGGCCCACCCUGCGGAGGGUGAGGAUCUCUGCGGAUGCCAUGAUGCAGGCAUUGCUGGGCGCCAGGGCUAAGGAGACCUUAGACCUGCGGGCCCACCUCAAGCAGGUGAAGAAGGAGGACACAGAGAAGGAAAACCGGGAGGUGGGAGACUGGCGUAAGAACAUCGAUGCGCUGAGUGGAAUGGAGGGCCGCAAGAAAAAGUUUGAAGGCUGAGCCGGCCUGCCCCCUGCCCUAGCCCUGAAGGUGUCCCGGAGGAAUAAAGCUUCUUUCUGAGCUAG